AUGGAUAAAAGGAAUGAGUCUUUGAAUAUGGAUUUUAUCCUCUUGGGUCUCUUUCCUGGUAUGAAACAUAUCAACUUCCUUAUCUCUGUCAUUCUCCUGAUCUACACUGUUGCUAUCACUGCAAACUCUAUCCUUAUUCUUCUGAUCUGGGUGGAUUCUCACCUCCAUAUGCCCAUGUACUUCCUGCUCAGUCAGUUGGCUCUCAUGGACCUGACAUUAAUCUCUAGCACUUUUCCCAAGAUGACAGCCAACUUCUUCUCACGGAUGGCCUGUGGGACUCAGAUCUUCUUUCUGAUUCUAGGAAUUGCUGAGUGCAUCCUCAUCACCCUCAUGUCCUAUGACCAGUAUGUGGCCAUCUAGCCCCUGAGAUAUGCCCUCAUCAUGAGCCAGAGGGUCUGUCUACAGAUGGCUGCCACAUCCUGGGCUGGGGGCACCCUUACAUCACUUGCAAAUACAGCCUAUGCCAUGCAUUUUCUCAUCUGUGGUUCCAAAGAGAUUUUCCAUUUCCUCUGUGAGAUCAUGGCCAUUCUAAAGUUGGCCUGUGAGGACAUCUCUGCCUAUGAGAAGGCUGUGGUGGGGACAAGCAUUGUGGUGCUCCUCAUUCCCUUAUCCUUCAUCCUGACCUCUUAUGCCCUCAUCUUUCUUGCUGUCCUCUGCAUGAACUCUCCUGAAGGCAGGAACAAAGCCCUGGCUACCUGUUCCUCCCACCUGACUGUGGUGAGCCUCUACUUUGGUCCAGCCGUGCUGGUCUACGUGAGGUCUAGUUCUUACCACAGUCCCAAGCUGGACCAGGUUCUCUUUAUGCUUGGUGCCAUCCUCAUUCCCAUGCUGAACCCUCUCAUCUACAGUCUGAGGAACAAGGAGGUGGUGGCUGAUCUGAAAAAGCUGUUGGGAUGCUGCUUAACCUCAAAUUAG